AUGGAGAAGCGCCACCGCCGUGGCUACUCGAUAACGGCCAAGAAGUCAAUCGAGAGCGUUGACUCGGACGACGGACCAUAUAACCUCAAAGACAGCGUUUCCCGCAAGUCCCUUGUCAGCAGGCCGAACAACGAGCCUCAGGACACCGGCAAGAAAACAAUCAAACGCUCUCGAUCUGAGAGUUCGAUGGCCGAAAAGUACGGCAAGGUCGACGAGGUGCUUGGAAAGGGUGCCAACGCCACGGUCAGGCUGGCCCACCUCAAAGAGACGAAAAAGAACUCGCCGACAUGUCCGGAGAAACUCUACGCGAUCAAGGAAUUCCGGAAGCGAAGGAAGGACGAAACCAAAAAGGAAUACGUCAAGAAACUCAUUGCCGAGUUCUGCAUCAGCUCAAGCCUGCACCAUCCCAACGUCGUGGAAACCGUGGACCUGCUGCAGGACGAGAGGAACAAGUGGUGUGUUGUGAUGGAGUACCUCUCCGGCGGCGAUCUGUUUGCCCGGAUUAGUGUCGGUGGACCGAUUACGACAGAAGAGGCAAACUGCUUCUUCAAGCAGCUGCUCAGCGGCGUGGCAUACAUGCACUCCAUGGGCGUAGCUCACAGGGAUCUGAAGCCAGAGAACUUGCUGUUGGACGAGCGAUGCCAAAUUCUCAAGAUAACAGACUUUGGUGUCUCAACCGUGUUUAGGACAUGCUUCGAAACAAAGCCUCGCCCAGUGAAGGGGUGCUGCGGAUCAGAGCCCUACAUCGCUCCAGAAGAAUGGGAGGACGAAAGAGAGUACGAUCCAGUCAAAGUAGAUGUAUGGGCAUGCGCCAUCAUAUACUAUGUCAUGAAUUCCAAGAUGGUGCCUUGGAGAUGCUCAAAGGCGAGCGACCCGAACUACAGCAUAUACUUGCGGCAACGGCCCAAAUCUGCCCAAGUGGUCUCGGGAUUCCCACGAUUCGACCAGCUUCAACACCAGGCGCAACGUAAAGUGUUAUACCGCUGCCUCGACCCAAACCCAAACACGCGGGACUCGAUAUCGGACAUACUGGAUGACGAUUACUUCAGAAAGACCGAUAUGUGCAUUGUCGCCUACGACAACCACGGCGAAUGCGUUGCUCUCCCGCCGGUGCGACAUACACACACAGCGUCAAAGCCCCAUUAG